ACUGAUAGCUAACAGCAGGCCCUGACUUUUUGAGUCGAAGCUCUGAAUUUUUGAAGAGCCGCUCGACACCGGAUUUCGAUUCAAGAAUGGUGCGAUUCGAGACAAGGGAUGGCAGGACGAUCCGAGUGAAUCUCGCUCUGCUCGAGAGAUCCUUGGUGAUCCGCGAGAUGUGCCGCGUUGGCCAGGUACCAGAGGACGAGGACUUCAUCCUGCCACUGCACGGAAUACACAGCGAUGUCCUGCUGAAGAUCCUGCUGUGGGCAGAGUACCACGAGAAACACGAGGAGCCCGCCUGGGUGGCCAAAAAGGAUCCUCUUCCGGCCGAGGAGAUUGAGCUACAGACAUGCGACUGGGACAAGGAGUUCCUUCGCGUGCAAAUCGAUAGCAUUUGCGACAUCAUGGAGGGCUGCAACUACUUGGACAUUCCUUGGCUCUACAAGCUCUGUGCCCAGAAACUCGUCUUCCACAGCAGACGCGAGCCAGUGGCGCAGUUCAGAAAGUACUUGGAGAAGAUCCCAUCCUUAAACGAGUUCCAGGCCCUCUUCAUUGAGCAAAUUGAAAAUUUAUAGGUAGUUUUUUUUAUCAAUUCAGAACGUUUGGAUUAAAAUGGUGUUCGAGCUGUAAUAAAUAUAUCCAAAAUAUAAAGAAGCAGUUCUUGAGAGUAA